UCGAUUGGUGACCCCGGUAGGCUGCAACCUGCAGGAUAAGCACGAGUUCUUUUGCGCAGCUGCACUGCGUGGCUCCACUGUACAAUGGUCGUGCGUAUACGUGCGUUUAUGUGUGUGUAUGUGUGUGUGCGUGUGUGAUGAGACGUAGUGAGGGUUGGGACAGGAAGGAUUAGCCGUAGGGAGGGAUGACUGAAUAACGAGGAGCGAAACACCCACCCAUCCACUCCCCGACUCCCGACCGAGCGAGCGAGCCGUAGCCGUAGAGAAGGAAAGGUGAAGGAGACGGGGAGAAGAAUCCUUUCGGGACGCGGCUGCGGUCGUUUCGGAUUUCUCUUUUUGGAGGAGAAAAGAGGACGCUCUCAAUAUAUGACUGGAGAGGUCCAUGUCGCUGGUUGUGAGGAUGUUUUCUCAGAGCUGUCUGUGGGCUCCGCUGGUGUUACUGGCUGUCAUUUCCCAUUUUCCCAGUAAAGGACAGGAUCAAGUUCCAGCUCCGAGGAGGCUGCGUUUCAAAGUGCUGAACCCAAACAACCUGCUCGUCUCAUGGAAGGAGCCCAAAGGCGACUUUGAUAGCUACUUGUUCCUCUACAACAGUAUACCAGGUGGCCAUCAGAGGGAGAUCAUCAUAUCAAAAAGUGACAGUAAAGUAUUGAUAACGGACUAUGACCCUGUCAAGGACUACGUCGUCAAUGUAAUUUCUGUCAGUGGCAGCACUCAGAGCAGAGCACUGCUGGGCAGAUUUAAAGCAAUUGAGAGGGGCGAGGGUGAUGGAGUGGGCAAAACAGAGCCACAGCGAAUGCCUGAUUCAUUCAUUCUUCCUGAAAAUGUCAACGAGAUUUCCGGAGCAGACCAGUUUUUGUGCCACACCGAGUCCAUAGCAGACAUUGUGAUCCUGGUCGAUGGCUCUUGGAGUAUCGGUCGUCUCAACUUCCGGCUUGUUCGCAUGUUCCUGGAAAACCUGGUCAACGCCUUUGAUGUUGGCAUUAAUAAAACCAGGAUUGGUCUGGCUCAGUAUAGCGGUGAUCCCAGAAUAGAGUGGCACCUCAAUGCUUUCACGACAAAAGAAGUUGUUAUCGAUGCUGUCAAGAACCUUCCCUACAAAGGAGGAAACACCCUCACGGGGCUCGCACUGUCCUAUAUCUUGGAGAACUGUUUCAAGCCCGAGUCUGGUGCCCGUGUUGGUGUACCUAAGAUCGGGAUCCUCAUUACUGAUGGGAAGUCUCAGGAUGAUGUUAUACCGCCUGCAGAAAGCCUGCAAAAAGCUGGGGUUGAGCUGUUUGCAAUCGGUGUAAAGAAUGCUGAUGAGAACGAGCUGCGCUCCAUCGCCUCAGAGCCAGAUGACUCUCAUGUAUAUAACGUUGCCGACUUCAACGUUAUGAGCUCCAUUGUUGAAGGACUGACGAGAACAGUGUGUGAGCAAGUGGAGCAGCAAGAAAAGGAUAUUAAGGAACAACAGCCGCCAGAGAGAAUUGGAUCACCGUCAGGCUUGGUGACAUCAGAGGUCACUGCCAAGAACUUCCGAGUUACAUGGCGCCACUCCCCUGGAAAUGUAGAGAAAUACAGAGUGGUUUAUUUCCCUGUUCAUGGAGGACAACCACAGGAGGCUGUUGUCGACGGCCGUGACACCUCCGUGGUGUUGCGGCAUCUCAACUCACAGACCGAAUACCAGCUGUCUGUGUUUGCUGUGAAUGAAAACGAGGCGAGUGAACCACUAAGAGGAUAUGAAACAACCCUGGCUCUUCCCACAGUGACAGGCCUCCAGCUGUUCGACGUGACUCACAACAGCAUAAAAGCAAGAUGGGACAAUGUGAAAGGAGCAUCAGGCUACAUGGUGCUUUAUGCGCCGCUUACAGAUGAAGGAGACUUAGCUGAACAGGAGGUCAAAGUGUCAAAUGCAGUGAACCAGCUGGAGCUCGAUGGUCUGAUCCCUCACACUGAGUAUACAGUCACUGUUUAUGCUAUGUUUGGAGAAGAGGCUAGCGAACCCAUUACAAACCAGGAAACUACUUUACCACUCAGAGCGCCCAGUAACCUCCAGUUCUCUGACAUCACGCACAACUCGGCACACAUCAGCUGGGACCCCGCUGCCAGUGGAGUAACUGGUUAUCGUAUCAUGUGGGUCAAUACAGAUGGGCGGGUCACUGAGGAGGUGGAAGUUGGGCCUAUAAACUCUUACGACCUCAGUGGACUGAGAUCUUUGAUGGAAUACUCGGUGGUUCUCUUUGCUCUGUAUGAUGAAGGCCAAUCAGAGCCGCUCACUGAUGGAUUCACAACUCCCCCAGUUCCAGGUCCCCUACAUCUCCGUUCCAGUGAUGUCAGUGCAGAUGGCUUUCAGGUUAGCUGGGAUCACUCAGCGGAUGACAUCACCGUCUAUAGACUCUCCUGGGCACCACUCACAGGUGGCGACACAAAGGAGGUGGUCCUUGGUGGAAGCGAUAAUCGAUACAGUUUGACAGACCUGAGUCCUUCCACUGCGUACGAAGUUAUGGUGAUGGCAGUCUUCAAAGACCAGUCAGAGAGCGAUGCUGUGUCUGUCACAGAGACCACAUUGGCCAAGACAACAACGAUUGCCACCGCAACCUCUGCCCCCCGCCAAACGGUGAGAAACCUUCAUCUGAGUGAUGAGACCACGGAGAGUCUCAAGGCAUCAUGGGAGCUGGACGACCCCCGUGUGGAGAGGUUCAGGCUGUCCUACAUCACCAUCGGGGCCGGUCACAAAGAGGAGACGGUGUUAGUUCCUGGCCGUCAGAAAAGUAUGUUGCUGGAAUCCUUACUUCCUGACACUCAGUACAAAGUGACUGUCAUGCCAGUGUACACCGAUGGGGACGAUGGCGUCAGUGUGUCCGCACAGGGGACGACAUUGCCUCUCUUGUCUCCUGAAAACCUUCGUGCAUCAGAAGAGUGGUACAACCGCUUCAGGGUCACCUGGGAUCCUCCACAGUCUACGACUGUGGGUUACAAGAUCCUUUACCAGCCAGUCCAUGUACCAGGGAGAAUUUUGGAGAUGACCGUGAGUGAUGACGUUAACUCGGUUCUCCUCCAGAAUUUGCAGAGCGGCACAGCGUACAGCGUACAAGUGACCGCCUCCUACCCUUCAGGACAAAGUGAACCAUUGCUAGUGAACGCUAAGACAUUGGUCCUGGGUGUCUCCAACUUGACAGUCUACCAGGUUCGGCACAACAGCAUGUGCGUGCAAUGGCAGCCUCAUCUGCACGCCGACUAUUACAGAAUCUCCAUCCAGUCCACACUCAACAGUCAGCGACAGGAAGUGAGUCUAGGAGGCGGGGUUUCUCGACAUUGCUUCUACGACCUUUUUCCAAGCAGCCAAUAUGAGAUCAGCAUUCACGCGCAGAUGCAGGGAAUGGAAGGACCUCCCAUCUCCGUCACUGACAUGACACUGCCAGCGCCAACUCCGGCUCCGACUGAACCCCCUUCUACGGAGCCCCCUCCUACCAUCCCACCUGCCAAAGAAGUAUGCAAGGAGGCCAAGGCGGACCUGGCAUUCCUGGUCGAUGGCUCCUGGUCAAUUGGAGAUGACAACUUCAUGAAGAUCACAAAUUUCUUGUAUAAUGCCAUUGGAUCACUGGAUCAAAUUGGCCCAGAUGGCACCCAGGUGGCCAUUUGUCAGUUCAGUGACGAUGCUCGGACCGAGGUCCAGUUGAGUUCCCAUGCUAACAAAGAAGCAUUGCUGGAAACGAUUCAGAGGAUCAAAUACAAGGGAGGCAAUACAAAGACAGGUCGAGCCAUUAAGCAUGUGAAGGAGUCCAUUUUCACCUCUGAUGCGGGAGCCAGGAGGGGGGUACCCAAAGUCCUGGUUGUCCUCACUGAUGGCCGUUCACAGGAUGAUGUCAAUAAAGUAUCCAAGGAGAUGCAGAUGGACGGAUACAUCAUUUUUGCCAUUGGCUUUGCGGAUGCAGAUUAUGGGGAACUAGUCAACAUUGCCAGUAAGCCUAGUGACAGACAUGUCUUCUUCGUGGAUGAUUUGGAUUCUGUGAAGAAAAUCGAAGAGCAGCUCAUUACUUUUGUCUGCGAGGCAGCCACUGCCACUUGUCCGUCUAUUCUGAUGAGUGGAAACAGCAUGGCAGGUUUUCGAAUGAUGGAGAAGUUUGGUUUGGUGGAGAAGGAAUACAGCACCAUAUCUGGAGUGUCUCUGGAACCAGGAUCAUUCAACAGCUUCCCAUGUUAUAGGCUACACCGCGACGCUCUGGUGUCACAGCCCACCAAGUACCUUCAUCCUGAAGGUUUACCAUCUGACUACACCAUCUCUAUGAUGAUCCGCCUGCUCCCCGAGACUCCACAUGAGCCCUUUGCAUUGUGGGAAAUCCUCGAUAAGGACACCAAGCCAUUGGUUGGACUCAUCUUGGACAACUCAAGGAAGAGUUUGACAUUCUUCACCUACGACUACAAAGGAGACUUUCAGAGUGUCACCUUUGAAGGAACUCAAAUAAAAAAAUUCUUCCAUGGAAGUUUUCACAAGCUCCAUGUAACCAUCAGCAAGACGGCAGUGAAGGUGGUGUUGGACUGCGCCGUUGUGGGAGAAAAAGCCAUCACUGCAGCCGGGAACAUCACCACGGAUGGCGUGGAGGUCCUGGGUCGAAUGGUGCAGUCUCGAGGCAGAGGAGACAACUCUGCUUCGUUUCAGCUCCAGAUGUUUGAUAUCAUCUGCAGUACGUCGUGGGCAAGCAGGGAUAAGUGUUGUGAACUGCCAGCUUUGCGAGUUGAAGAGGAGUGCCCCUCAAUGCCCCAUGCCUGCACCUGCUCUCAAGAUAGCAAGGGACCCCCAGGACCUACCGGACCUCCUGGUGGUCCAGGGAUACGAGGAACACGAGGAGACAGGGGGGAACCUGGAGUGACGGGUCUUCAAGGGCCUGUAGGAGAAGCUGGCUCUGCUGGAUUACCGGGACCACCAGGUCCUCAGGGACCCAGUGGCCUCUCUAUUCAAGGGCCUCAAGGGGCUGCUGGGGAGAAGGGAGAGACGGGAGAGAUUGGCCCAGCCGGCCCAAUGGGUGUUCCUGGAAACCAGGGUUCCCCGGGUAGGGAUGGUCCCCCUGGAGCCAGGGGCCUACCAGGUAAUAAUGGACCUCAGGGUCGACAGGGGCCGCCGGGCCCUCUUGGAGCCCCAGGUGCACCUGGAGCUCCAGGACCGAUUGGAUCAGCAGGUCCUCAAGGGGGGCAAGGACCUUCUGGUCCUGCUGGUAUCAAAGGAGAUAAAGGAGAAAGAGGUGACGUGCCGUCCCAAGCAGCAGUGCGUACUAUCGCAAGACAAGUGUGUGAACAACUCAUCCAGAGCCACAUGUCGCGCUACAACUCUAUCCUGAACCAGAUCCCAGUUCAGUCAACUGCGUCAGUACGUACAGUGCCUGGACCGCCUGGUGAGCCUGGCAGAAGAGGCCCCCCAGGACCUCAGGGAGAGCAAGGACCAUCCGGCAGGCCCGGUUUCCCCGGUUCUAACGGGCAGAGUGGACGGCCAGGAGAGCGAGGUCUUGCAGGGGAGAAGGGGGAGAGGGGGAGUCCAGGUGUUGGGUCUCAAGGACCUAGGGGACCUCCAGGCCCACCAGGCUUACCAGGUGAGGGGCGCACAGGUAGUCAGGGGCCCCUCGGUCGGCCUGGGAACCCGGGGGCACCAGGGAGGCCGGGCAAUCCAGGUUCUUCCGGACCAGCUGGACCACCGGGUUACUGUGACCAAAACUCUUGUUUGGGGUACAAUGUUGGAGUCCAAACAUUGCCUCAUGGUGGCUACCAACCCUACAACCAACCCUACAACCCUUCUGCAGUAGCUUACAACAACGACCAAGAAGCCCGAAGUGACGAGGAAGGAGAGGAAGAGGAGGGUGAAAUGGAUCCUUAUUAUCAUAGUUAUCCCUAUCGCUACGGUUACCCUUCUGACCUCUCGGAAGAUGUGGAGCUGCGGUCACCUGGCGUGGUCAGGAGGUUGACCCGCGACGUCUUCGUCAUAGAGGAGAAUGACAAGGAGGACGCACUCAUCCCAAGCGCUUGAAUUCUAAACACACACACACACACACACACACACACACACACACAC